AUGUGUUCACACAUUACUGCCUGUUCUCCAGCGCAGUAUGAACCUCUAGACCCGGCUCUCAAAGAGAUACGGGUUCUGGAAGUUGCGCCAGCGAGUGGUGACGAUAUCGUCGAAUGCACAAUGAGUCCCAUCUCCCUCCUUGACGAUCCCGUACCAGUCUACGAGACCAUCUCAUAUUGCUGGGGUCCACCUCGACCUCCAUCUAUGAUAAAGCUCGAUGGGCAUCUGACAUCCGUACCGGCAAGCUCAGAGGCUGCAAUAAGACGCAUGCGACUCAGCGGCAGACCGCGAACACUCUGGAUUGACGCCAUCUGUAUCGAUCAGUCGUCGGUAACGGAACGUAGUGAGCAAGUGGCUUUCAUGUCGACAGUCUAUCGCAGUGGCAUGCGUAACCUCAUUUACCUUGGCGAAGAUGACGGUAUGGCUAGAAGAGGUGUGAAGGCCCUCCAGGACGUUAUUACCGAGAUGCGCACUGCAACUGCUAAUUUGACCCUGCUACGCCAAACCAUGUAUGCCGAAGGAAUGGACGCUAUUUUGAAAUCGAACAAAGGAUUCAGUGAGGGCGUCGACUUCGAGACUCUCUUGGCUCUCUUCAGCCUCUCUUGGGUCAGGUAA